UUGAGCCACAAAAUAUAUAAGCAUAUCACGCAUAAUAUAAAGUUUAAUAAUUUAAAGCAAAGAUAGCUCGCCCCGGUAAUAAAACGACCAAAAAAAAACAUCUACACCCCGCGUUGUUCAGCGUAGAUACUUUUUUCGGUUGUUCUUUUGAGUGACAUUUAUACUUUAACGUAGCUCUCAUCGUUUUAACAAAAAUCAAGAAAUAUUUUUGCCCACAACUAAUCAAAGGUGGCGAUGCAAUGAUGCUUUCAUAAUUAAUCCUGGCAUAUAAAUCUAAAAUAAUUCGUGACUAAGGUUCGUGUUGUUUUCACAACGAAGAUCCGGAAAAUGUGAUUCACAGCAACCACGCGUUGUGGCGUCCGGUAGCGAUCGUGAUGUGACGUAACAGUGAUCUAUAUUGCAAAGCGAUUUAAGAUUGUGACUUUCAAAUUAAAAGAUUUAUUUUAUUUACCUCGAAAGGUAAACAAGUUUUGGGGAUAUUUAUAAAUUCUACCAACGACAGUCGUUACAACACGGGUGUUCUAUUACCUCGUGCCUGCUUACGUGUUACCACGUAUGUAACUUUGUGGGUGGUUGUUGGCAAUUUGGACAACCCGUAAGUGACGACUGAGCAAUAGUAGCUUAAUGUCUUGCCAAGGACAGAUCCGCCCAUACUGAACCAGGUACAGGCAAUCAGUUUGCCCGCCAUGGUAGGAUUCGAACCCAGGCACAACAUGACCCUAACACUGUUACAAUGAAGGUGACACGACGCUUCAAUGACGACAAGCAUUGCGUGACCAUCCCUUGCGGUCUGUUUACGUCAUAAACGUAGCGAUUCGCUCGAUUAGUCGCUCGUGUUCGCUUGCAACUGAGAGUAUUUGUUGCAAAGUCAUGGCGGAUAACGUAGCUUAUAACUGUACGGAGGGGGAACCUGUUCUUACUAGAAAUAGAAGGGGAGCCAAUAUCGAAACAACGAUCACCAACGCAGAUGGCAUACAUGCACCAACAAGCAGACCUUUACCAAGCUUAUCAUGGAACAACAUCAACGUAAAAGUUCCCCAAGCUACUCGAUGCUUUGGAAGGAUAAAGAAACCAGAGAAAAUAAUUCUCAAUAAUGUAAGUGGAUAUGCUGAACCAGGCAGGUUACUUGCCAUCAUAGGAUCUAGUGGAGCUGGUAAAUCAACUUUACUCAAUAUGUUGACUUGGAGGAAUAAAAGUCAACUUUAUAUGACUGGGGAUAUUCUUGUAAAUGGUGUUUCUAUGGGAGCGGAUAUAUCAAGUAUAUCAGCGUAUGUGGAGCAAGAUGAUUUGUUUAUGGGGGAGCUGACAGUGAAGGAACAUCUCAUGUUCGCUGCUCGACUGCAAAUGUCACCUGAUGUCUCCGAUGAAACCAAGUCCCGACGUGUGCAUGAGAUCAUGAAGCAAUUAAGUUUGAAGCGUUGUGAAAAUACUACCAUAGGAACUCCUGGUACAAAAACAUUGUCUGGGGGGGAGAAGAAAAGAUUAAGCCUUGCUACUAAGUUGUUGACCAAUCCUUCGAUCAUGUUUUUUGAUGAACCAACUUCGGGACUCGAUUCUUACCUGGCGAGGAUGAUCGUUGAUUCAAUGAAGACGGUGGCCAAGUCAGGAUGCACCGUUAUAUGCACCAUCCAUCAACCAAGUUCAGAAGUUUUCGAAAUGUUCGAUGAUUUGAUGAUUCUUGCAAUGGGACGAGUGGUUUACCAUGGAGAGAUACCCGGCGCGUUGCAACAUUAUGCUGACAAUGGGUUCCCAUGUCCGAGGAAUUAUAAUCCCUCUGAUCAUUUUAUCAUGGAGAUCGCCAUUGUUCCUGGGGAGGAAAAACAAUCAAAAGCAAGGACAAUAAAAUUAAUUGAAAGUUUUGAACAAAAGAAUUCUCCAAAGAAACAUUCAACGGAAAAUGGAGAAUCUAUUCUGACAACAAUUAAAUCUUCUGGAUCAAAGUCGCCAUAUAAAGUCGGUUUUGUGUCGCAAUUCAACGCUUGCUUUAUACGAGCUAUCAAAACAACAUAUAGGAACGAUGUGGUCAAAGCAAGAUCUGUUAUUAACAUUCUUCAACCUAUAUUAAUUGCGUUGGUGUUCUUCCGUCAAUAUGGAAAACAUUACGUCAGCUCAGAAGUGAGUGACAUCAUCGGUCUGAUCUUCAUCACGACCUUAAGUUUGUCCCUUAACUUUGUGUUCGGGGUUCUUUAUUCGUUCCCGCUUGAGAUCCACGUAUUCAAGCGUGAAUACUUCAGUGGAAUGUAUGGAGCUGCACCUUACUUCUUAUCAAAGAACUUGGCUGAGCUACCAACCUAUAUCAUCAUACCUUUUAUAUAUGCGACACUGCUUUACUUUAUAUCAGGUUUAUUCCCAGGUUGGCAGCAAUACAUAAACUUCUGCCUUGUCAUGAUAUUGCUAACCAACACCGGGAUAUCGUUCAGUUACCUGAUCGCAUGCGCAACGCCGAGCUUGAACCUCGCGAUCGCAGUUGCCCCUCUUACUAUUAUACCUCUUGUCGUAUUUGGAGGAUUCCUAACCAACAAUGGAAACCUUCCAGUCUUCUUGGAUUGGAUAAAGUAUUUGUCUUGGUUCUUUUAUGCAAACGAACUGCUUAAUAUUAACCAAUGGGAAAACGUUGGGUUUUUAGGUUGCCCACAAUUCGCACCACCCAAUGCAACCAUAGUGGACACGAGACCUGGUCCUUGUUUAUUCGCUAACGGACAAAGUGUAAUAAGAUCUUUAAACUUUAACGUGGAUAAUUAUUACCGUGACAUAGGUUUGAUGUUCACCCUACUGGUGGCGUUCCGAGUGUUCGCGUUCGGUUUUAUGCUUCGUCGAGUUCGGGAAAGUGAAAGAUGAGCUGUGUGACGUCAUCAUGCCGUGUUUGAUCAUGACGUCAUAAUCAUAACAACGUAUAUUUGAAAUGUAAAUAAAAAAAAGACUAACUA